CACUGGGGCGAUCCGCGGCGAACCCCGAGACUGUGGCGUUGGCAACGGGAGCGCCGGGCAAGGACCCCGGAUAAAUGCUAAACCCAAGCUCAGACGCACAAAACUGGAGAGCAGUUGGAGGGAAUGAGGUCAGACCCUAGAGCUCUGUCCUCGUGGCGUUCGCUGGUUCUUCAAAACCUCCGAGCAGAAAAGGGAGCCAGCAUUUAAGCAGAAGGUCUUGAGAUUCCGAGUCCCUACUUCUCCACGUCCUGUGAAGGUGUGACUCAGUUCACCAAUCUGUAAAGUCGACGAUUAAUUCCCGCCUCGUGGAUGCAGAAACUCUGAAGCGGAACGAGAAGGUCGCGUGCUCCCAGCGGAGGCUGCCAGCCCCAACCCGGCCGGGAGCAUCUUCCAGCACCGCAGGCCGUUUUCUGGGGCGGAGUCUUCGUUCUUUUCCGCACUUGGGAAUUUAGAACGGACCCUUGGCCCCUGGUUCCAGACUGCCUCGGCUGGGGGCGUAUCCGGAAGUGCCCCAACGGAAGCCGGCGGGUCCGCGCGCGGCACCUCACCAUGGGGACCGCGGCGGCUCCGCGGCGCUUCUGCCGCUGCGCCUGCUUCUGCUCCGAGAACUUGUACGUGGCGCGCUACGGCCUGCACGUGCGCUUCCGGAGCGAGCAGCAGCUGCGCCAGGACUACGGCCCCAUCCUGCGCAGCCGAGGCUGUGUCAGCCCCAAGGACUUCCAGCAGCUGUUGGGAGAGCUUGAGAAGGAGGUGGAGCGGCGGCAGCGGCUGGGGCAGGAGUCAGCCGCCAGGAAAGCCCUCAUUGCGAGCUCCUACCACCCAGCACGGCCCGAUGUCUACAGCUCACUGCAGGUACCUGGCAGGGGGCAGGUUACUGGAAGGAGGCGGAGGCAUCCGGGCCUGAGGGCUGUCUGCCCCAUGGCUUGUGUGCUCUGCCCCCAGCAUGUGGCUCUGGCCCCCGAGUUUCUGGCCGCAGCUGAGUACAGCACAUCGCCAGGUGCAGACCUCCAGGGCCUUCUCCAGCGGCUGGAGACAGUUUCUGAGGAGAAGCGUAUCUACCGGCUGCCGGUGUUCACAGCGUCGUUCUGCCAGGCCCUGCUGGAGGAGCUGGACCACUUCGAGCAGUCAGACAUGCCCAAGGGAAGACCCAACACCAUGAACAACUAUGGGGUGCUGCUACACGAGCUGGGCCUGGAUGAGCCACUGGUGACGCCACUGAGGGAGCGCUUCCUGCAGCCGCUGAUGGCCCUGCUGUACCCAGAGUACAGGGGCUGGCUGGACAGCCACCGCGCCUUUGUGGUCAAAUACGCGCCAGGCCAGGAUCGUGAGCUGGGCUGCCACUACGAUAACGCCGAGCUCACCCUCAACGUGGCCCUGGGCAAGGCCUUCACGGGGGGUGCUCUCUACUUUGGGGACCUCUUCCAGGCGCCUUCGGCCCUGGCCAACCCCCUGGAGGUAGAGCACGUGGUGGGCCAGGGCAUCCUGCACCGUGGGGGCCAGCUGCACGGGGCCCGCCCCCUGGGCACUGGUGAGCGUUGGAACCUGGUCGUCUGGCUCCGUGCCUCUGCUGUGCGCAACCGCCUCUGCCCCAUGUGCUGCCGCAAGCCCGACCUGGUGGAUGAUGAGGGCUUCGGCGACGGCUUCACCCGCGAGGAGCCCGCCACGGUGGACGUGUGUGCUCUGACUUGAGCCUGGCUGGGGCCAGUGUGGCGGGGUGAGGGGCAGAAAUAAACACCCUGCAGCCCUCAGCACAUCUUGGUUCAAAAGGA